CAAACAAAAGGACCCAAAUCGGGCGCUUUGUGCCCUAGCUUUAGCUUUAGCUUUAGCUUAGCUUAGUUUAGUUUUAGCUUCUCUUUGAAUCUCUCUCUCCCGUAACAUCAAACAAUUUCAACUUUUCUUUUCCUGUUUUGUUCGUUAAUUAAACACUCUACUUUCAAUACGCGGGACAUGCAAUCCAACGGGAAGAGAACUUCUUUUAAUCCAGCAGCUACGCUUGCAUCACUUAUUAGCAAGAGGGAAAAGCUUCAACAAGAACUUCAGAACAUCGAGAAACAGGUUUAUGAACUAGAAACAAGCUAUCUACAAGAAUCUAGUCAUUUUGGAAAUGCAUUAAAGGGUUUCGAUGGUGUCCUUUCCUCAUCAAAGAACACCUCAAACUUAAAGAGGUCUAGAAAAUUCCAGCCUGAAGAUAGGAUAUUUUCGUUAUCCUCUGUUACUUCACCACUGGCAGAUGAACAAGGACUUGGAAAAGAUGAUUUGGGUCAAGUUAGAACUAAAGGGAGUGGGGGAUUAUCCACCAUUGGGCAAGGAAAGCCGAAGAAGGGAAGAACAGGACAAAGGGAAGGGAAGAAAAUUCGGCUUGGGAAUGGAUUGGAUCUUGAAGAUGAAGAUGAUCCAGAUUCCAGUUUGAGAUAAAAAAAUGUCUUUCCUUGGUUUUCCAUUUUUCAAUAUUCUGUAAGAUUUAAAUAUGUUUGUUCCUUUAAAUGAUAUAAGAAAAUGUAACAUCAUUGUAUUGUGUUGAUCAUAUUUUUUCUACAUGCCAGCAAUUCUUAGUC